AUGCCUAAGGGAAAGCAACGUCCAAAGCGCGAUGUGCCCAUCAAGGCGCGAUACAACUUUUGUAUGCAUUGCUUGAGACAUGUAAAUAACAAUUUCGACCCCAAAGAAGAUACCGCAUACAACAUCAGCUGCCUACUCGAUACACGAGUAUUCAUUCUGUGUUACUUCUGUGCCGAUGGGAAUAAGACCUGUGAUCCGCCCGUGACUGGUCUCUUGGGAAACGCCCGUGAUCUUGUUGAGAUUAUCAAGUAG